AAAGCGAGGGGGCAAACCGAGAGAACUCGCGAGAGAAGGGUAAAAAGGUCUCUUCCCAAGAAGAAGUCAUGCGGCGUAAGCCCGCCGCGUCGGAGGGUGGUUGGGGAAGCGACGCCGACCCCGACUCCGGGAGCUCCGGCAAUGGCGGUGGCGGAGGUUCGCCGCCGUCGUCGCCGUCGCCGCCUUCGCCGCCUUCGCCGCAGCCGCUGCUGCCGACGUUGCCCUCACCGCAGGCCUUCGUGGACGCGUACACCGGCUAUGAGGAUCAGGGAGCAUGGGACCCCGAUUCCUUGUCUCUAGAGUUGGGACUUGCAACGUUACGAGAGUUGGAAUGUAUCAGAUAUCAGGAAGCACAAGAAGACUGGAGAAAGAGUGAUGAUAACAAGUCUGAUUCCUGCAAGCAAAAAGAUAAGGAUCAGGGAGCAUGGGACCCCGAUUCCUUGUCUCUAGAGUUGGGACUUGCAACGUUACGAGAGUUGGAAUGUAUCAGAUAUCAGGAAGCACAAGAAGACUGGAGAAAGAGUGAUGAUAACAAGUCUGAUUCCUGCAAGCAAAAAGAUAAGGAGCAGGAAGCAUGGGAUCCCGAUUCCUUGUCUCUAGAGUUGGGACUUGCACCGUUACAAGAGUUGGAAUGGAUCAGAUAUCAGGAAGCACAAGAAGACUGGAGAAGGAGUGAUGAUAACAAGUCUGAUUCCUGCAAGCUAAGAGAUAAGACAACAUCAGAUGACCGGAGCAAGAGUGGCGAUAACAAGUACGAUUCCUGCAAGACAAGAGAUAAGAAACCUAUCGUGGAUUUGGCUGAUGAAUUCGAAAACAAUACCAUAAAAAAAAAGAUCACGCUUCUUAGCGAAAAAUACGAUUUCUUCAGACCAGUUGACAGAGAUGGCAGUUGCUUUUAUCGAGCUUUCAUUUUCAGUUACAUGGAGCGUAUUGUAGCAAUGCAGGAUGACUUGGAGCGCAUUAUUGAAGUUUCCCGUAUCGGAGAACGUAUUGGAAAAUACAAGCAAGCUUAUGCAAGAUUUGGUUCUUUUGGAAUACCUCAAGAAGAAUUCUUGAAAGCUCUUUCUGCAUUUGAACAAUUGAUCAACUUAAUUGAAAAGGGUGUUGCUGUUGAACAACUAUAUCAGAUAGAUGAGACUGACAUCACAAAAAACAGUUUACGCUUCCUUAGGUUUCUGACUGAGAUUGAGAUCUGCACACAUGAGGACCACUACAAGGGUUUUCUUCUAACAGCAGAUUAUUCAUCUGUUUUUGAGUUUUGCCAGGUUGAAGUGCGACCUGAGAAUGCUGAAGCGAGCAAUGAACAGAUGAAGGCACUUGUGGAAGCACUCGGCAUCCCCGUACUUGUGGAGAAUCUCGAUACAACCUCGGAGACUGACACCCCCAUACUAAAUCAGCAUUUCAUCUACCCCAGACCAGAAUCAGAAGAGGGCACGAUGUUGGGACCUCUGAAUUCGCAUGAGAUUGUCUCUCCUGAAAGCAGUGGUUACCAUGCAGCUAGAGGUGAGCUUCAGAAUCAGCCUAGUACCAGUGGCUCCAGUACAAACAGCUCAACAGAAGCAUUGGGACUGCAAUCAAUUGGCACCAGUUCAACUCCUAAUGAGCGAGAUGGAAAGGGAGACAGGACCAUCAACGACCUAUCCCCAGCAGAAAGAAGGCGGUUAGCGAUCUUGCUGUACAGGCCUGGGCACUAUGACAUUCUUUGUCCCAAGUAGACCUACCUUUCUCUGGAGUCUGGAAUACGUAGUGUGCUUGAUUCUCGACGGUAACAUUUGAGCUGUGGCUUGUAACUUUGUUCUGCCUGACCUGAGCCGUAGAGCUAUUCAUGUCCUUGACUUGUAUGGAGAUCUGUUGUUGCUAUUCAUCCCGUUGUCACAUAGCGUGUUGGUGUAGAUUUUUCUGCCCAAAUUGCGUAUUUGCGUUGGUGAGAAAUGCGGGCUAAAUUGCUUUGUGUUGUUUGGAGGUAUGGUUUUAGUGGAAGCCGAGCUUGAUUGAUUGCGUCUUGUACUGUUGCACAUGCUAGAGGUUAGAGGAAACAAUUAGUAUAAUUUGAUUGCCAUGGUAUGGCUAGUCGUGUAUAUCAUUUGAAUUUGGAGACCCAGAUGCAGACUCUUUUUUUUAAUAAUCUCACCUGCCAUUUGCUUUGUUUGUUUA